UAAAAGGUGUCACUACAAACUUGAUUAAUGUUUAUGUAAUGACGGAAAAAUAUAUUCUGCACAUGACAACGUAAAUUUCUUUGGACAUAAACUUAAAGGAUAUUUUAAAACGCCGCCGUACUGAAAAAAAAAUAUUUUGAGAGAAAAUGGAGCAGAUAAUUAGUCCAGAGGAGUGUUAUUUUGACGAUUCAAGCGAGCGAGACCAGACGAUACUCCAAUCUUUACAUUAUGCGCGAAGCGAAAACGUACUAACUGACGUCAUUUUGUGUGCAGACGAUCGCCAGAUUCCUUGUCAUCGGAUAGUACUUGCCGUUUCCAGUGAUUAUUUCAUGGCCAUGUUUUCAUCAAGUUUCAAAGAAAGCAAAAUGACGAAGAUUGAUCUGACGCAUUUGAAAGGGAAAUCUCUAACGAUCUUAGUUAAUUAUUUCUAUUCUUCUGUUCUGAAGUUUCCUAAAUCCAUGGUUCGUGAUAUUUUAGAAACUUCUGAUCUCAUUCAACUUUCUCCAGUCGUUGAACACUGCACAGACGUUAUUUUGAAAGACAUGCAGAUAGAAGAGUGUUUAGACAUUUUUCAGUACGCAGAUGAUCGAGUUUCUUUGAAGGAUUUGAAAGCUGGUGCAUUGAAAAUGAUAUGGGAACAGUUUCAUUUUGUAAAGGAUAUGGACGAGUAUUUAGAUUUGACAGCAGAUUGUCUCAUGGAUAUUAUAUCAAGUUCCUGUCUGAUUUCAAGAGAAGAAGAUGUUUUUGAUUCUGUGAUUACGUGGUUCAACCAUGACUCUAGUCGACGAGACGAUUUAUUGAGGAUUAUCGAAAAUAUACGGUUUAAUUUGAUGUCAGGCGAAUAUUUGGAAUUGAUCGAAAGCUUUCUAACAAACGAUCUAAAUAUAACAUUAACUUCUAUCAAACAUGCAAAAGAAUUCCAUUCAUGUUCAUCAACAAAAAAACACCAGCUACUAACAAAUAAAAUGAAGGAGAGGCGCUGCCAUCAAGAUGUAGUGGUUUUCUAUAAGAUGAUGCCUGAAUCUGUUGGAAAUAGCAAAUCAGAGAUGACUUUCGCCACCCCAGAGGUCUUCAGAGAAAUUGUACAGCAGGGUGAGUACGAUGAAGAGGUAGUUGAGUUCGCUCAAGUGACACUUACACAGGAUCCAUUAUUGAGGAUCUCCGAAGAUGUCAAGGCUAUUACUCAGUUUGGAAGCAGUGUCUUUGUUUGCACGGCUACGAGUGUUGAAGUCAUUGAUCCCAGAACCGGUGUCAGAUCAUUUGUAGAAAUUACUUUGCCUGAAUACACAGAGUGGCACCCACUCACAGCUGCGACACUGGAGGGACUGGUUUACGUUAUUCAGGGAAACAAUAUUGGUAGAGCGAAUUCCGUAGUGUGUUUUGAUAAGUGGCGGAAAGUGUGGGAUAAAUGUGCCAGCUUUAAUAUUGAGGUGUCGUCUCCUACAUUGGUUGCAUACGAUGGUGAGAUGUUUCUUUUUGGAACAAACAACUCAGGAACAAUUGUGCAAUCCUAUGACCCAUGUAUAGACAAAUGGCAUCAGGGAAAUUCUUUGACAGGAUGUCAUUGCUUUUCUGGUGGCUCUGUGUUGGUUCCAGCUGACGAGGAAGAGCUACCUAGUAUCUGCGUAACAUGCCCGGAUCAUAUUCACACAUACAACCCCCACUCAGAUGUUUGGCAGACAAUAGACUCGUGGGCGCAGCUUGCAACAUGUGAAGAACUUUCUGGGCCACUUAUGCACUGCGUACCAGUGAGUUGCAAUGGUAACUGUUUCUUGUAUUUCGAUGACACACCACCAGACAGUCAAGGUUCACACUUAGCUGUACUCAGACUAUCCCCAUACACAGGGAAUUGGACAACAUGUCAAUUUGAAUAUGAGAGUCAGGAAGUGAGGGAAGAAGGUGAACAAGAAAGGCACGAAGUGGGGUAUCAACUGAAAACCAGCGAGAAAAGACACAUGCUUCCACCACCUGUGGGACACUUUGAAAUUCUCAAGUGCAUCACCAUUUGUCGAAAAUGACAUAAAAGGGACAUUAUGUGCCUUCACUUGAUACAUCUUUCAGAUAUUAACUUUAGCUGAUGGCAACUUUAUGUUAUAUAAUUAUACUUCAACUAAUAUGUAACAUCAGCUCUGUUGCUGUUUACAGUGAAAAAGACCAAAUUCUCUGUGUGAGUGUUUGCGUGAAAGUGAUUGCUUAUGAAGUACAUCAACAUUGCUCUCUUAAAAUAACAUUAAGAUAAUUUGUAAAUAGUAAUGCCUGAACUAAAGGAACGACUCUGUAAAAGGAUGCAUUUUUUCCAAACCUGUAAAAUGGCAGGGUUAUUGGGCAUUUCCGAAAUGUCAAUUACACUUAACAACUGACCAAUCAGAACAUGGCCAAGAACAUGUGCACGUCCAACAAACACGCUUUACAUACGUUUAUGCUGAGGAUUUGUGAGACGUUGGCAGGAACAUCCAAGGGUCAGAGAUAAAAAACUUGUUACAUGUCAGUAUCUGACAAACCAUUAAAAUUUCAUCAUGUAAUCAACGAUUGUUCCUGCUGACACUAAAUGAUAUUUAAAGAAAUCUGUAGAAUUUGACUGGUAACAUCAAACUGAUCUCAAUAUUAAAUAAGACUCGUAUAAACCUCACAAUUAAAAUUGGUUUAUCUCAGGGUUUUAUUUACCUCUUGUAACCAAGUUUGCACUCAAUUUGGACAUUCUGUUAUAGUAAUUUUAUACAAGUUUCAACAACAAAAAUUUUAUAAUGAUUAAGUAUUAUUAUUAUUACAUUUAUAUUGACUGCUCUGCACCUUGGUGGUAGCACAUAUAUUAUAAUAAAUAUAUAUUAAAUUAAAUGUUGAAAUACGUCAGUAUGCAAGUUUUCAUUGUUAAUUGGCUUCUUUUUUUUUUUUUUUUGGCUACUUUUGUCAUUGUUAACAGCAUCGAGUGAGCAUUAUUGUAUGGAUUUAAAUUAUUAACGUCUGGUAAACUCAUCAGUUUCCCAGACAUCUAUCAACACGCAAACAUGCAUGUUCUCCUCCAACCCAACCCUAAAAUGUAUUAAGAGCACUAUCAAGUCAAAUAAAACUCCUACCCAAAUAAUAAACUUAUAAAUAAAAAUAAAAUAAAGUUGUACCCAUUGUGGACAAUGCAUCCAUUUUUGGUCAACACGUACCGGUUUUAUAUAUUUACCAGACCUUGUCCACUCCCCAGGGUUAUUAUGUACACUCAGUACAUUGUGCAUAAAUAAAUAUGUUCAAUGCCACAACAUCCUACCAGGUUACCAUGUUAUUAUAUUAAUAUGUGGGAACUUGUUGGCUUGGAUACCAACUUAAAAUCAACCAAAAUUAUAUACCAUUCUAGUAUUCAUGCAAACCUUC